CUUGAAAGUAGCCUUAGAGGAUUGUCAUUCCGCUUUUUCUCCUUGCCCACCGCUCUGGUCAGGACUCGGUACAAGGUAAAGCUCAGCAUACACCCCUUUUGACGCCCGCCCCUUGCAUUGCCGCUCCCAACAAGGGUUAGGUGACUGGAGCUGCCAAGCCCGGCAACCUGUCCGAUCGACCUGAGACCCUGAAACCGAAAUGCCCCUCUCCUGAAGACAGCGGUCGAGGGGCUCACCGCAUCUUUGGUUGAGAAAUUAGCCGCGUUCUAAAAUUGAAGUCGACUUUGCUGUUAUUUUCCCGCAAGUUCGAUUUUUUGACCAUUUGCGCCUGUCAACCACGGCCCAGCGACAUCGAUCUCCGCGUUUUGCGACUCAGCGCGCGACAACCUACCACCACCCACACCCCGCACCGCCUGCCUCGAACCCCCUUUUCUCGACCGACGAACGAGUACGCGCAGGCAAGAGGACUGGACAGAGCAACAAUGUCUGGUGUCGACUCCCCCGAAAUCCUAGCCGCGUACGAUGCGGUGCGGUCCGACAAGGAUGACACCAACUGGCUGCUCAUCUCGGACGCCGCCGCAAAGGGCGACAAGCUGAUCCUGAGCAAGACUGGAACGGGCGGGCUGCCCGAGCUGGCAGCCGAGCUGGACGACGGCCAGGCACAGUACGCCUACGUGCGGGUCGAGUAUGCCAACGACGCCGAGAGCAAGCGCGUCAAGUUCGCCCUCAUCGUCUGGAUCGGCGAGAAUACAAAGGCCAUGCGCAAGGCCCGCGUCAGCAUCGAGGCCGGGAACGUCAAAAAGGUGCUGUCGCAUUACAGCGUACAGGUCGAUGCCGACGACAAGAGGGACCUGGACGAGGCCGACAUCGUCGUCAGGUUACGCAAGGCGGGCGGCGCUGACUACAAUGGCGGGAGGGGGUGAUCGACAGGGGCGUUCUGGGCAUGCGGGGAGUUUAUCGUCAAGCAUAGCGCGGAUACGGCGGAAUAUAUUGUUACUCUCGGGUGUCUUGUUUGUUUGUUUCGCGGUAUAACCCCCCCCAU